AUGCACAUUGUGGUGACAUUACAUCCAAUUCUCCUCCUGUCAGUCACUCUGUCACUGGCUGAUGCCAAAUCCUACAGACCCCACCAGUCCAACCUCUACAAAGCUGGACCCAAUCCUCACCACCUUGUCCAUGGGAAGCCCACCAGCAGGCACAAGUGAGUAUUCACUCUGACUAUACUGGGCUAUACUGGGCAGCUCCCUCUUGGCUCAGUAUUAGGUGCAUACUGUAGUAUGGUCAAUUUUAUUUCGCCUAGUUUUCUCAAGCCAGUUAGAAAUGUUGUGAGUUUGUUUUUAGAUAUAAAAUACAAGUUUAAGAAUGUUAUCUAAUGUAUUUUUUUCUGUCAUCCUCCCUCUGACAGAAACCACUGUGCCUAUGUGGUUGAGAAGACUAUGACAUUCACCAUGCAGAAUGGUGUAACACCCAUUGUUAAGGCUGAGUACAACAAGUGUGCCUGGGGUCAGAAGUGUUCAACCCUCAUGUGAGUGACCGAUACUGCAUGAGACAACUAUUACUAAUAGUUCUACAAACAAACUUACUGCCUUUGACAUUGCUACUGUUGUUGCUGUUUCUACUACUGCCUACCAAGACCAUGGCGACUAUGUGUAUAACUGCUGUAAAAACAACCACUAUUAUUGUUUCUGCUGCUAUUAACAUAUGAAAAGGGUAUGAAAACAGUACUGUCAUUCUUCCUCCUACUAUUCACAGGCGUCACCUUACGCAGUUUCUUGAGCAAUGUUUUAUAUUUUUUCGAUCAACCCACAGGUACCGUCUGAUGUACAAGCCCGUCUAUAAAGUUGCCCAUAAGACUCUCACUGAGCUGGAAUGGCGUUGCUGUCCAGGCUACUCUGGCUAUGGCUGCAUGGAGGGACCCCCAGCCUACCACCACCCAAUUAAGGCAAUGCCUCCAUUCAAGGGCUCACUGUUCAAGGACCCACCCGUUAAAGGAAAUCCCUGGAGUCAGACCAAGGGCCCUCCUCCCAUGAAAUCUUACCCAAUGCUUGCCAAGGGCCCUCCCAUGAAGGGACCUCCUCCUAUGAAGUCUUACCCCAUGAAAGCAAAAGGUCCUCCUCCCAGCAACGUCAAGUCCUACCCUAUGCGUCACUUUGGGCCUCCUAUGACCCAGCCUUCCUACCCAGUGUCCUCCUUUGAGCCUCACCCCUCUGUGCCACAGCACCACCGGCAGCCAGACCACCACCAGCCUGGACCAGACCAUCACUCAGAUCCAGACCACCACGAGCCAGACCAACAUCAACCUGAACUAGAACACCAUGAGGAACCAGACCACCAGGGGCCAGACCACCACCAGCCUGAAUCUGAUCUAGAGCCAGACCACCACCACCAGCAGCCUGGACCAGACCAACCUGAUCACCCAGACCACACAGAUCACUCAGAGCUGGAGCCCGUCACUGAAGAAACAGCUCUCCCUGCUGGCAGCCAAGAAAUCGAUGGUGAGACGGAGUGUUAUUCCAAUGCAUAUUCAGUACUGCUGCUCAUCAUGAAUAUUACAUGCAGUUUUAAUAAGAUUUUUACCUUGCUUCCUCUACUGGAAGAGGAUAUCUAUAUGUAUCUAGAGUGCAUAACUGUCCAGAAAUUCCCUUGAUUUUGGCAACAUUCUUCAAAUACUUUAUGCAGACAAAUAGUCCUUAACAUUAUGACUUAUCUUACAUUUACUCUCUCAAUCUCUCUGAUGUGUGAUUGUGUAUGUAACACUCUUCUCCCCUCUGUAGGCCAGGCUCUAGACACAGUGGACAGUGAGUCUGCAGAGCGUCUGGAUCGGAUGGAGGAGGACGUGCGGCGCCUAUCCCAGGGUCUGGAGGCUCUUAGGGGGACAGUGAACAGUCUGGAGGACAGCCUGCGUGCCUCACUACGAGAGGACGCCAGCAGGAUGCUCUCCGCUCUUCUGUCUGCAGCACCAGGCCCAGUCCCUGCCCCCGCUCUGUCCUCCUCCCCCCACUCCACUGUAGGCUUUGCAGACAUCCCUGGAGGGGACCCUGAUGCAGAGGGCCUGGAUGGGGGCCAGGCGUUCCCAGGGCUGGGCGAGCUGACGGGAAGGGUGGAGGAGAUCCGGGCUGAGCUGCAGGCCAAGGCCGCUGAGCUGGAGGAGCUGAGAAGCACGGUUAUCAAGCACGACGGCGCACUGAAGAAGAUGUCAGGAGGGGCGGCUAGCUUAACAGGGACCCCAGUGAGAGACACCCAGAAGGCCAUGGAGGAUCUAGUGGACGCCAAGUUGGGCGGGGCCCGGACAGAGAUCGUCGAUGGGUUUGAGAAGCGCGUGGAGAGUGCUGAGAGCCGCUGUGAAGAGAAUGCUGGGGAGGUGAGGCGGCAGUGCCACAGAGAGCAGCAGGACAGGCAGGAGCGGAUGGAGCAGGCCCUGGAGGACAGUGCCACGGGACUGAGGAAGGAGCUGGGAGAUGUGCAGGCUCAGAUUCAGGGACAUGACCUGACAGAGGGAUGCUGUGGUAGAGUCACUGGCCUGGCUGAGAGGGUGCAUAUGCUGGAACAGUCAGUGGCAGGCCUCAACCAGUCCCAGGAGCACCUGAGGGUGGAGCUAGGCGGGCACAAGGCCCAUGUAGAGGGCAUGCUGGAGGGCCGGCUGGGGUAUGUGGAGGCCAAGCUCAACCUGACAGGGAGUGGAAAGGUCAGGGGUGGCAGAAGUGGGAGCAGUGGUAGUGGUGGGGUCCAGGGCAGCAGCUCAGAGGGAGAGGUGGGGCCAGGCAGCCUGGAGGUCCGUCUGGAGGGGAAGCUGAAGGCUCUGGAGGGUCGUCUGCUGACGGCUGUGGAGGAGCUGGGGAACAUUACAGCCCCUGCCCUGCAAGAGGGCCACACAGUGCCCACGCUGGAGACAGAGCUGGAGUCCCUCAGGAGAAGGCUGGAGCUGGACGUGGACAGAGUGCAGAAACAGCUGCGUGGCUUGGAACUCCUCUGCAUCUCCUCCUCUCAGCCCAUCCACCAGGGAGACACAGCCACAUUGAACACUCACAUGGUGGAGGAGGAGGAGAAGAAAGGAGGAGGAGAGGAGAAGGUGAAGGGUCUCCUGGACAUGCAGGCUGAACGUCUGAACAGCGUUAAUCUCACCCUGCAGAGCCUCCUGACCAGACUGUCCCAGAGGGAAGACCACCAGGAGGGAGAGGGGAGCUCAGUCCAGGGUGAAAUCAUGCUGCUUAAGUUCAACGUCCGCUCCGUGAAACGCAUCUUGAAGGGCCUGAAGGACUCGGUAGUGUCUGUGGUCCGGGAUGUGGGGCAUGCCAACACCACCUGGCAGGAGCGGGAGGAGCGCCUGGCCCAGCAGGUGAAGGGCGUGGUGCAGCUGGUGGGGCGCCAGGCCUCCAUGCUGGGGGCGGGAGAGAGGAGGCUGACCCGGCUAAAAGGAGAGCUCCAGGAGCUGAGGAGGCGGCUGGCCGGGGAGGUGCAGGGCUGCCGCUCCACCGCGCUAGGAGUCCAGAAGGAGGUGGUGGAAGUGGGGGGCCGCUUGGCCAGCAUGGAGGGCCAGUGUAAAGGCUUCAGUCACCUGGCUGAGGAUCUGGAGAGGAUCAGGGCGGAGCUGGAGAGGCAGUCAGAUGUGUACCUGUCCCAGGUCAACAGCACCCUCACUAAUCACGCUCACCAGCUGUCUGAGCUAAGACAGGAACUCAGGAACUGCACGUGGAAGGCAGAGCCCACCCAACAGAGCCUAUACCUCGUAGAGCAAGAACAGUUAAGAGGAGACCAGUAA